AUGGACAAGAAGUCAUCCGAAGACCUCGGUGCCAGGCACAUUGACCGGGCUCCCUCAGUCGAGAAAGGGUCCCUUGUCGAUCUUGACGAAAGACGCCUCCGUGCUCAGGGUCAUAAAUCAGAACUCGAACGAUCCUUCUCCUGGCUAGGUGCCAUUUCCCUGGCAUACAGUAUUUCGAACUCGUGGCUUACAUACGCAUCCACCUUUGGUCUCGUACUCGUCUACGGAGGCGGCGUGACCGCCUUAUUUGCUGUCCUUAUCGCUGCUAUUGUCCAAUGGAUCGUCUUCCUUGGUCUGGGCGAGCUAUGCUCUGCGUUUCCAUCAUCCGGUGGUCAGUACCACUUCGUUUAUAUCCUCGCUCCGGCCAAGACCCGAAACUUCGCCGCCUACGUAACAGGCUGCAUCACCAUCAUUGCCUGGUGGAUCGGUACCUGCUCUGGCAUUAUAUACACGGCUAUAUCAGCAUUUGGUUGUGCUGUCGCCUGGUUUCCGGACUUUGCACAGGAACGGUACCAGGUCUAUCUCUGCUACAUCGGCGUCAUCCUUCUGUCGCUCGUUCCAAUCUAUACGAUCAAGCAAAGAUAUAUCGACUAUAUGACCAAAUCCGCCACGGGCUUUUCACUGAUUGGUAUGGUCCUCACCAUUGCACUAUGCUUGGGAAUGGCCGAUGGCGACUAUGCCCCUGGAUCAAUCAUGCUCGAGAACCGCGGCAUCAGCGGCUGGAAUCCGGGAACAGGUUGGCUUUUGUCAAUUGCUGCUUCCCUGUACUGCUAUUCUACAAACGGCGCGGUUACCCAUAUCGCCGAAGAGCUGCCCAACCCCGGCCGCAAGCUUCCCCAGGUCCUGAAUAUGUCUAUGGCUAUGGGUGUUAUCAUUGUCAUCCCAUGGACUAUUGCUAUACUAUUUUGCAUCAAGGAUAUGGAAGCCGUCCAGAGUUCUUUUCUUCCCAGCUUCGAGGUCUUCUACCAAGCCACUGGAAGCAGGCCAGCUGCAACCGCACUGCAAGCAUACCUGACCUUUCUGUACUAUACAUGCAUUCCUAGUCAGUGGGUGACUUGCAGCCGUAUCACCUGGGCCUUCGCCCGUGACCAAGGUCUUCCCUUUGCAACCUACUGGCAGCACAUCGAUCCCAAGCGUGGCAUCCCUUGGAGAACAACUGUCCUCUCUGCUGUGUUCUGCGCCAUCUACGGUUUAAUCUACAUUGCAAGCACGGCAGCUUUCAACUCGAUCAUCAACGCAAUGUGCCUCACUCUGAACCUCUCAUACAUUAUUCCCCAGGCAAUCCUGCUUACACAGGGCCGCGACAAGCUGCCGAAACAUGCAUACAAUCUUGGCAGAUGGGGAUUCGCUGUCAACGCAUUCUCGGUUGUAUUUUUGGUUGUCAUUGGCGUUGUGUUCUGUUUACCUCAGACUAACCCCACAUCAAUCAACACAAUGAACUACAACGCUCCCGUCGUCGUUGGUCUGUUCCUGCUCAUCUGCCUGCUCUAUAUUGAACGCCGCCACAAGUUCAAUGGCCCCAAAAUCGAUUGGGACCUGCUCAACGAGGUGAACACAGCUUCAUGA